CAGGUGUGCAUAGCCCCUCAGGCGGGGGCCUCGACUCUGGAAGGAAGCUCAUGAAUGCAGAUUGGCCAAUCCUCCCAAGUACCUUACAAACCAGAACUUCAGAAAGUUGAUCGUGGCAGACGCUUAUAGCAGAUGCUUUUCUACUUCAAGCUGGCUAAGCUGGUUCUAUGGUUAACCAAGAAAGGGGUAGGUGUGCAUCCCAGCACAUGAACUGUUGGUUUGACAUUGUUUGGACUUUAAGUUUGGGGACGAAAGUGUGAUUUCUCUCCAUAGGACUUGGUUCCGCCCGCCAUACCUUCUGCGAUGCUGGCCCAUAAAGCUGGAGAGGUUGGCACGUCAGGCAGAGAAGAGGCUUACUCUCCAGCUUCGCAUAACCACUUUCUAGAAGCAGCGGGGAACCUCUCCGUUGUGAAGACGGACGAUGACCUGAAGCAGCUGUUGAAGAAGUCAGGCAACAGGCCGGUGGUUGUGAAUUUUGGAGCCUCUUGGUGUGAACAUUGUAAGCUCAUGGUACCCGAGCUCGCCAAGAUUAGUAAAGAGUUCCCAAAGCCGCUCUACGUCGUCGCUGACGUGGACCUUCUGCCGGAGACGUCCAAGCACGUAAAGUACACACCCACGUUCACAGUGUUUCACCGGAGCCGAAAGAUAGACGAGUUUUGGGGGUCGAACGUCCAAAAGCUGAGGGACCAUAUCUGGUUGCACGAAGAUUUGUGUGAUCCUCCCCUUCCGAAAGCAGUCCCCGCAAAGAGGUGACAUGAAGCACUGAAAAGGCGUGAGGAUUACUUGUGAAUGAUGGGGGCUCCAAGAGUAUAGCAGAGCAGAGCCCCAUUCAGGCUUUUGCUUCCGGACUUGCUGACACCAAGGUACUCCAAUGGCAUCUUAGCAUGGUCACGAGCGUGUGCCAGGUGUGCCGAAGGUUCCUCAGUACGUUGCUCAAACCUCAUAAAGAGAUAGUUAACAACAUUGAAUAUACGUAGAUCGAGACGAUGGAUAUUGCCGCAAUAUUUAAUGCACUGAAACUUGAGAUCUAGACAUACGAACAACAAUUUGAGUAUCAUGUACUGGUUCUUCCUAUUGGCCUUGGGCACUCAGAUCUGAUAAUAAGACAUUUGGAGGUUUUAUCUGCACUAUGUCUAUACAUCCAUUACGGAUUGUGAUUG